AUGGCCGCCGAAGAGAACACCCCACCUAGCACCACUGAGGCUACUAAGCCUGACGUGUCUGUUGAGACUCCCACCAAGCCCGCCGCUGACCAGCUUGACGGCGCUGACGACCCGCUCGCCAACACUGAGCUCGAGGUGGAGGUAAAGCUAGCAGACUUGCAAGCGGACCCAGACAACCCGCUCUACUCCGCUAAGACCUUCGAAGAGCCCCAAUUAUCACAAGUGCAGCCGAAGAUGCAGCCCCGCGAUGGCUCCAAGGAGGCCAAGAAGGCUGAGGCGAGCAAGGCAAAGAACUCGGACCAUAUCACGCUCGAGCAGUUCUUAAAGGAGACUGAAGAGGGAGAGGUGACUAGUGGUGAUUGCGCUCAUAACACUGAUGCCACAACAAAGGAUGGCGCUGGCAAGGUUGAUGACGGCAAGUAG